CAGCCGGCAACGGAGCCUUUUUGUCGUUUCGGGGUAUUAAAUUUUUUUACGCUGCCGUCAUGUUGCCGGCGACGAGAUCUUUACUUCACCAGUCUGCAAUUUUACAUUCCACCGUUGUUUUUUUUUCUUCGUCGUGAAAGAUGAAUCAAACGAUUGCGAGAAAGUUGAGUACUUUUGUGAAUAUGUCAUCUUCUUACGCCUCAAUGAAGCGAUUCCCCGAGAAGAAGUUCUUCAAUUCGAAUCAAGAAGACGUUAGUGUCGUCGAGCGAUUAUGUAAAGGUAAGAGAUUUAGUGAAGCAAUUGAUGUUCUGUGCGGGCAGAAGCAAUUGAUCGAAGCUGUUCAGCUUCUGAGUCGAGCAAAGAAACCACCGCCUGCUUCUACUUACUGCAACCUCAUCCAAAUCUGCACACAAAGACGCGCGCUUGAAGAGGGCAAGAAGGUGCAUCGACACAUUAUAGCCUCUGGGUUUGUUCCGGGCGUCGUUAUAUGUAACCGUCUGAUGAGAAUGUACGCGAAAUGCGGGAGCUUGGUUGACGCGCGGAAGGUGUUCGACGAAAUGCCGCAGAGAGAUGUUUGUUCGUGGAACGUGAUGGUGAGCGGUUACGCGGAGGCUGGGCUGGUGGAGGAAGCGAGGAAGGUGUUCGACGAAAUGCCUGAGAGAGAUAGUUACUCGUGGACGGCUAUGGUUAACGGGUAUGUUAAGAGAGAUCAGCCUGAAGAGGCGUUGGUGAUGUAUAGUCUGAUGCAGAAGGAACGGGAUUCGAAAGCUAACGUGUUCACUGUUUCGAGCGCGGUGGCUGCCGCUGCUGAGAUUGCUUGUAUCCGUAGAGGGAGGGAGAUUCAUGGGCAUGUGGUUAGAGCUGGUUUGGAUUCGGAUGAGGUUCUUUGGAGUUCUUUGAUGGAUAUGUAUGGGAAAUGUGGAUGUAUUGAUGAAGCGAGACGCAUCUUUGAUAAGAUAGUUGUCAAAGAUGUCGUCUCGUGGACGUCGAUGAUAGAUAGAUACUUCAAGUCUCGUAGAUGGCGCGAAGGGUUCUCUUUGUUCUCUGAGUUGAUAGGUUCUAAUGCACGGCCUAAUGAGUACACUUUUGCUGGAGUUUUGAACGCUUGCACUGAUCUCACUACAGAGGAAGUUGGGAAGCAGGUUCAUGGAUACAUGACGAGAGUCGGGUAUGAUCCUUACUCCUUUGCGUCGAGCUCUCUUGUGGAUUUGUAUACAAAAUGUGGAAACAUGGAGAGCGCGAAACGCGUUGUUGAUGGAUGUGAUAAACCUGAUUUGUUUUCUUGGACUUCUUUGAUCGGCGGGUAUGCGCAGAACGGGGAGCCUGAGAAGGCGUUAAAGUACUUCGACUUGCUUCUUGAAUCUGGGACCAAACCUGAUCACAUUACCUUUGUGAGCGUCCUCUCCGCUUGUACUCAUGCAGGGCUGGUCGAGAAGGGACUCGAGUACUUCCAUUCGAUAACAGAGAAGCACGGGCUGUCUCAUACAGAUGAUCACUACACUUGUCUUGUUGAUCUGUUAGCUCGGUCCGGAAGAUUCGAGGAGUUGAAAGACGUCAUCAGCGAAAUGCCGAUGACACCGAGUAAGUUUCUAUGGGCCUCUGUGCUCGGUGGGUGCAGCACUCACGGGAACGUUGAUCAAGCGGAGGAAGCGGCUCGAGAGCUGUUCGAGAUAGAACCGGAGAAUCCAGCUACUUAUGUCACAAUGGCUAACAUCUAUGCAGCGGCAGGGAAGUGGGAGGAAGAAGGAAGAAUGAGAAAGAGAAUGAACCAAACCGGAGUCACCAAAACGCCCGGUUCGAGCUGGACCGAGGUAAAACGUAAGCGUCACGUGUUUAUAGCGGGGGAUACUUCGAAUCCAAUGCAUGAACAAAUAGUUGAGUACUUGGGCGAGCUGAGGGAGAAGAUGAAAGAAGAAGGGUACGUUCCGGCUACGAGUCUUGUGUUGCACGACGUAGAAGAUGAGCAGAAGGAAGAGAAUCUUGUGUACCAUAGCGAGAAACUCGCUGUUGCGUUUGCGAUUCUGUCGACGCCGGAAGGAACGGGGGUUAAGGUGUUCAAGAACUUGAGGUCUUGUGUUGAUUGUCACAGUGCUAUUAAGUUUAUAUCGAAGAUUACGAAGAGGAAGAUAACGGUUAGAGACUCUGCUCGGUUUCAUUGCUUUGAAAAUGGACAAUGUUCUUGUAGAGACUAUUGGUAACGAAUAUAACUACUUUUGGUACAUCCAUGUUCAGCCACUAAGGUUGCAAACUAGCAGAAAAAUUGUAGAUUGUAUUAUGUUUAAGAUUAAUGUUUUGUAGAAGCUUAAUGUACAUAUAAUCAAAGCAUUAGAGAG